UAGUUUUGCUGAUAUAAUAAAAUAAUUAAGAAGAAUAAAUGUUUAUAGAGAUUUUUCUAGUUAAAGGAAUCACUUCGUAGGCGCCUAGUUGGUAGAGUCCAAUGUCCUCUGCCUGAUAACUUAAGAACAGAAGGCCACGGCUUGGCGUAAAGAAAAGGAACCAUGGUCAACUUUGUAGCACUUGCGCGUGAGCACUGGGUGAACAUAUUGGUGCCCAUGGGCUUUGUGUUUGGAUGGUACCUCGACAAACAACAGGACCAGAAGUUGACAGCUUUCAGGAACAAAAGUGUUUUGUUCAGCAGGGAGCUGAAGCCUGGAGAGGAGGUGACCUGGAAAUAGACGACUCCUACCUCCUGGAAUGUGUCCUGUCAUCUGUGGUGUGAAUGACUGAUGGGUUGUCCUCAAAUAAAAUUAUUUAAUAAGA